ACCGACGGGCAACAGUCCUAGCAUAGGUCAUUGAACUACUUCGAUAGACAACAUGCAUGUGGAGUCAAACGGGCAUCAUGAUUUACACAUGUCGCUCCGCCGUCCCGUUUUCAAAUCAUAUAUCAACGCCCUCCCCACCGAGUUACUCAUCUGGAUCUUCACAUAUGCUAGUUGCGUGUCAAACGGCAUAGAAUUCAACCUGGCCCUCGUGUGCCGCCGUUGGAGGCAUACACUCUUGCAUCUACCCUCGAUAUGGACCAGACUGUGUAUAUCCCAAGGUACAUCCAUCGAUAAAGCAAGAUUAUAUAUCCAACGUUCCAACGAUGGGCCUCUGUACCUUGAUGCGGAUCUCACUUACUCAACUUACGAUGAUGAUUAUUACGUUAAGGGACGUGGAUUUCUCCAGAGACGGAUAAAAUCCAGCGAGCGCCAAGAUGUCGUUGAGCUAUUAUUCUCUUGCAUGGAUCGAUGGAAAUGUCUUGACCUGACAGUGUUGGGUGACCAUAACGAUUAUCAGGUACGCGCACAGGGUGUCGCAGGCCGUACUCUAAGGAAAUUUGUUGACAUCUACGUGCCCCUACUGGAAAAUUUCGGAGUUAAUGCAUUCAGCCAAAGUUGUAUGACGGUAAUAGACUUCCGGCCACCCAUCCACUUCUUCCAACGCGGCGCUCCUAUGCUCACUCAUCUGCGGCUGUGUCAAGUUGGCCCCGACAUCUGUAGUGUCCCUUCUGCCACUUCUACACUUACAUCUCUAUCCGUCGAAACAUAUCACCAUGAUCAUCAACUCACCGCAUAUGAACUGUUUGCUUAUUUGCGCAAACUGCCCGCCCUCACCCACCUUCACCUCAAAGAAGAUUUCUACUGCAAAUGGUAUAGAAUUAAAAACAUCGUCCCGCUCCCAAACCUCGUCUCCUUAUGCUUAGAACUUGGCCCCGAGUGUUGUGUCGCUAUGAUUUGCGAGAUAUUCGUCUUCUUUGUCGCCCCACACCUCGAACAUUUCUCUCUGACACCUGCACCUGCGGUUGAGUUGUCGUUGGAGACCCCAUAUGACAUCAUAGGUGAAGAAGAAAUAGAGCGAUUGCCCAACUUCUUGGUGAAAUUUGUCAGCAAUCCUCCUUUCCCGUUAUUGGAAUCACUUGUUCUGCACUUUCCCGCAAUACCUGACAAAGUGAUAAACUUUUUCCGCGUAUUCCCCACGGUCUGCAAUGUUAGUCUCGCAGAAAUGAACAGCAAAGAGAUGAUCAAAGAGAUGUUGAAAGGACAUGCAUGCGAAGACCCGCCUUCCAAUGCACCUUUACUAUGGCCAAACCUUCAAACACUGAUUCUGCAAGAUUGGAAUGUUAGUGAUGAAUUUGAACUGCUGCUCGAGCUAUUGCACGUUCGAGAGCGGGCAGGAUCACCUAUCAAACAAUUGAAGCUACGCAGCACAAAAGCAAACACAUUCACACCGAUUUCACCAUUGCAAAGAAGUAAAUUGGAUGAGUUGGUUUCAGUCGAGUUGGAUAUAGAUCCUCCAUUUGUGAAGUGCUCAGACUCGCUUGAUAGUUUAAUGACUAAGCGCGUAACACCUAUUUGGUAGAUGGUUGAAGUUGCCAUGUGUUGAUCUGAUUACUAUUUUCCUAGGAAAUCAUGGUCAUUGCAGUCACGGGCUUAAAUUCUUGUGCUUCCUCAUUAUAUUUGUUGGCUUAAACAUUCCACACAGUAUUUACAGAUUUACCUCCUUUGACCCAUGUAAAUUUCACAAAAUCAGUAAAGCA